AUGGCUGCUCAUCAGAUAUGCAUACAAGUAUGGUUGGCUGUUUCGCUUCUGGUUGAUGCCCUGGGUGCAUCUGCACAGGCUUUGACUUCAAGUUAUAUGUCUAAAGGUGACUAUAAGACAGUGAAGGAAAUUGCUUACUAUGUGCUGAAGGUUUCUUCUCAUUUUUCCGUAAUUGAUGUCCAAGAGAUGGAUGCAAUAGUGUCAAGUUUUAAUGGUUUUGAAACUAAGGAAGCAGGCCCACUAAUUCUAACAUGGGCAGUGUUUCUUUGUCUGAUUUCAUCACUUCCGAGAAAAGAAGAAAACAAUGUUCUAAUGGAGAUUGAUCAUAUUAGCUAUGUUCGUCAAGCUUUUGAAGCUGCAUCUUUGAGAUUUUUUCUUGAGAUCCUCGAGAGUGACUUAUUAAAUGAGUCAGAUGGUCCUGUUGCUGGUUAUCGAAGUGUAUUGAGAAAUUUUAUUUCUGCAUUUAUUGCAUCUUAUGAGAUCAAUAUUCAGCUGGAAGACAGUACCCUUAAUUUGAUAUUGGAUAUUCUUUGCAAAGUUUAUCGGGGAGAGGUUUGGAUGCAUAAUGAUUGUCUUUCAGGAUCAUUUAUUGAUUAUUUUGUUGAUUUUUCAUUUGUGGUUCUAUUAAAGUUGACAUUUUUCUUUUCCUUCGUAGUUUUUUUAUUGGAUUUAUUGCUUUAAAUUUUUCAGGAAUCACUUUGCCGUCAGUUUUGGGACAGAGAAAGUUUUGUUGAUGGUCCUAUUCGGUGUCUUCUUUGAGGACUAUGGAACUUAUUUGCCUUUUAUCAUCCCUAUCUAGAGGAACUUGGCCAGCAGAAUGUGUGUAAGUUUCUUUAUUUCUUUGCAUUGGGUUGAGGAUUCUACAGUAAUUUCUGUACGUUUGUAAACACUACACUGUACUAUAUCAGCGUAAUUGACUGCGAAUCUGUAUCACUGUUUUGUAAUUACUUGUUAGUGCCCAAAUAACUUAAGGUCUAGAUUUUAGUACCUGUUUGAGCUCCAUAUUCUAUUACACCUCUCCUUUAAAUGAAAUAUGAGAUUCGAUGGAUCUACCCUAGAAAUAAUAGUAUCAUUCUAAAUGCUUUUG